GUCUACAGCUUACACCUCCCCCACUGCGGUCCACGGCGCUGACAUCUCUCUUUUCGCCAAUUGCUUCAAAUCAAUGUCGUCUAUCUCAUUUCCGAACAACGAGGCGGAUGACCAGUUGCCAUCAUCGUCGUCGCUCAACGACCCCAUGAACGCCCCCUUCUAUGCACCACCCCCGUUCGACACCUCCGGAUUCCAGAUGAACCCCCUCUCAGCACAUCCGCCUCGCACACCACGUACCUCCAACGCUUCAAAUACACACCAUGUGCGCUUUGACACCGACGAUCUCGACAUGUCCGCUAGCGUAUUUGAGGACCAUCACGGACAUUCUGCGGAACGCAGCCAUGAACAUGAGACCCAGCGCGAGAAGCCCCAGGAGAAGGCAGAAGAGGAGAGCGAGGAUGACGUGGACGCUGAGGAGGACGUACAGAUCAGCGAGCAGGAACGAGCAAAGGCAGCUGAGCGGCGCGUGUCGCACCAUGACGUUUGGCGAGAGAUGCUCGUUACCAGCAACGGGCGCGAUAAAGCAUUCAAAUUAAUGCAAUACUCAAUACGAGUUUACUUGCUUCUGCACACGAAGCUCCUCUUCCGUUCUGGCAAGGGCGUGUGGUCCUCAGAGCUCGUACGCAGGCUCACUACUGCUCGUAACCAUUUCUCUCUCUGUCGGAAAAUGCUCAUCCUUUUCAACUGGAUGUCGCCCCUUUCCCAAGUCCUCGCAGCUCAAAAACCCGUCCCUUUCACCUCCUCCGCAUCGUCCAUAGAACCACACAUUAUCUCCCAUCCCUUCCUACAAGCCCUCCUGUCCGCCCCACCCCCCGUCCUGCUCGAACUUAUCAACGGGCUAUCCGACGACCUCUACACGCUCUCUCGUAUGGGUCUCCUUGGCGCCCGAUUUGGCGAGCGCGCGGGGCGCCUAGCGGACUGGUGUUGGUUCUUUAGCACGCUUGCCGGACUCGUCGAGAACGGUGUGGAACGCGCCGUCGUGGGCGGCCUUCAGCGCGAAGUCGAGAACCGGGCAUAUCACGAGGCGUUUGCGGGUGCGACAGCCAAGUCGCAGCCCCGGAACACUCGCAUCGAUUCUCGCGAGCUUGCGAGGCUGCAGAAGAAGACCUACUGGCUUGAGGUAUCGCGGUGGAAGCUCAUUAUGGAUCUCAUCUUCGUUUCCUAUGACUUGUUUCGUAUCCGCCGCUGGUCAGAUACCGUCAAAUCGAUUACUGGCCUCAGCGCCGGCAUUCUUAGCUCGCUCAAAGUAUACGAUAAGCAUCGUGCGAGUCUCGUAAAGAACACUCAAAGUUCGACAUGAGACGUGCUCGCCAUUCCAUUCUCCUUUGAUCGGGGUGGUGUAUCGUACCUUCAUAUAUUGGCCUAGUCAUCUGGACUUCCUCAUACCUGCUGUCCAUUCGCUUUCAUAUAGCAUACCUAUUCAUUUAUUAUGUUCCUUAGCGCUCAGAAGAAUCCUCUAUCAUAAAUGCAUGCUUUCCCUUCAUCAAAA